AUGGUGACUGUCACCAGAAUCAAUCGAAUAUCAAACAUUUCUGUUUGUUUCCUGUCUGUCUUUCAGUACCGAAUUGGCCAGCUGUACAUGAUAAGUAAACACAGUCAUGAACAGAGUGAACGUGGAGAGGGGGUGGAGGUGGUCCAGAAUGAGCCAUACGAGGACCCCGAGCACGGAGCAGGCCAGUUCACUGAGAAACGAAUCUACCUCAACAACAAGCUGCCCAGUUGGGCCAGAGCAGUGGUCCCUAAAAUCUUCUAUGUCACAGAGAAGGCUUGGAACUAUUACCCUUACACUAUCACAGAGUACACGUGCUCUUUCCUGCCCAAGUUUUCCAUCCACAUAGAGUCCAAAUACGAAGACAACAAAGGGAGCAAUGAUAAUAUCUUUGGCAGCGAGCCUAGAGAUGAGGAAACAGAGGUGUGUCCUGUGGACAUCGCCUAUGAUGAGAUCCCUGAGCGCCACUACAAGGAGUCAGAGGACUUGCGGCAUUUCAAGUCAAAGAAGACGGAUCGAGGCUUUCUGCAGGAAGGAUGGAUCAACACCCAGGAUCCCAUCAUGUGCUCCUACAAACUUGUCACAGUCAAGUUUGAAGUCUGGGGCCUGCAAACACGUGUGGAGCAGUUCGUACACAAGGUGAUUCGAGAAGUCCUGCUGUUAGGACACAGGCAGGCCUUUGCCUGGGUGGAUGAGUGGAUAGACAUGACCAUGGAGGAAGUCAGAGAGUACGAGCGUGCCACACAGGAAGCCACCAACCUGAAGAUUGGCACCUUCCCCCCAGCCAUCUCCAUCACAGACACACCCCUGCCAUCCAGCACCCGUAGCGGGCCAAAUAGCGCCCCAUCCACUCCCCUGUCCACCGAGGCCCCAGAUUUCCUGGCAGUGCCGAAAGAUCGUCCCAGGAAGAAGUCGGCUCCGGAGACCUUGACCCUGCCGGAUCCAGGCCGCAGGGAUUCGCUCUUCAAACUUCCCAGUUUCUUCUCCUGGAACUCCAGUCCGCAGCCAGAAUGAGAGCAGGGCCAUCCCACUGGUGAACGCCCUCAGACCUGUGGAUCAGUGGAGGAUGCCUGCCCAGCACAUCCCACAAAUGCCCCCUCAGCCAGCUGAAGUGAAGGAGACUUUUCACUGUCCUGGUGAUCCCAGUCCCCCCCUCACCCCCCUCGCAGACUCGCCGGUGUUACAGCAAAGCCAACAGCUCCCAGACUGCCUUUACAGGUACAAGUAGGCAGCCUGGUCUCCACAGCAAAUGCAGUCUUGUGGGUGUAAAGGUACAUCACGUCCCAUUGAGAGUCUAAUAAAAGCAGCUCUCUUUCCACAGAGACUCUUGAUUCCUCCCUCCUCCUCAGAUAACAGCCAGCCAGCACCAUGCAUCAGGCAGUACGGAGUUCAAUUAGCCAGAUUGAGUGUAGCAUACAUUCCUGAAAAAUGUUUAACCCCUCAGAGCAUCACCUUGCUUUUUAUCCAAGCUCAGGGUGUGUUGACGAGAUAUGAUGAGAUUCAAUCACUGCACAUAAACUUUACAUGUAAAGAAUUCCACAUUUUGUCUUUUCUUUACCUUUAGCAUCGGAGUCUGUCUGGCUUUGUUAACUGGAGCUUGUGGUUUGACGUAUCUAUUAAUGUGGUUGGGACUUUUUGACAGAUUCUUGUUGGCCACUGUAUCAGUUGAGUAUUAUGGUUUUCACAGUCAGGUGUAAGGUGAUUGUGUAUUCUUGUAAAUACUGUAUGAACAUUAAAUUACCAGUAAAAUGUCAGUUAAUCAAAAACAAUAUCAU